AUGAAGCAAUAUAAAAGCAUCCGAACUCAACUACAUACAAAGCCGUAUGCUAGUUUGGAAACUGUUACGCACAUCGUAUUUUAUGCAAUUAGGCUUACCUUUUUCGUUCUGAUCCGCGGACUAACCUUUAAUAUUAAAGUAGCUACUGAAAGGGAGUUAAUAGCUGCAAAUGAUGUCAUUAUAAGCUACACAUUCUCGUUCUUCCUGCUAUUCUUUGCUCUCUGCAGUGUUAUUACAGAAAAUAUCUACGGAUAUUAUCUGUCUGCAAUUCUUAUGUUUCACAAUUCACUGUUCACAAUCGCCAUGCUAAUUUUAAUCAGUCUAAAUAUCAAAGUUACAGCAAAGUUCUUGAGUGUUGGCAUUGUGGUGUCCAUCAGUUAUUUUGUAGAGAUGUGCUUCACCUUGUUCUAUAUUUACAGAAAGCGUGUUGAGAACAGCAAGAUCUUAUUUCAGAAGAUCGGCGCAGAUCCAAAAAUCAAUGACAUGUUUUCAACGCGUAAGAAGCUUCAAACACUUGGUCUAUUGAAUUUCUUUAUUUCCAUUAUCACAAUACAAAAGCUGUACUUACCACCUGUCUUAGCUCACUUUGCCUUUGAGUAUGCCACUAUCAUAAUAUUGGGUUUAACGAUUCUACAGCACAUAUUUAUCUAUGCAAACUUCCACAAUGAAGAUCUGACACAGAGGAAAAUAGCGAUGGUUAUCACCGUUGUCAAAGCAGCACUGGCAAUAUUAUUAGCCAUAUUCACGAUUAUAAAAUAUAUUGUAGGGACAGAAGAGGAAAAGGUUGUAAAACUGAUUGUGUAUAUAGAUCUUUUGAUGAUAUCGCUGGUGUUUUUUUAUUACCUGUGGACGGAUAUGAACAACUUUGGAAAAGGACUGAAAAAGCAGAUCUUGUUCAAAACAAGGGAGCUUACUCUUUAG